GGCAGGGCCGUCCCGGCUGCUCCCGGGAGCUGCGGCUGGGCGGGACGGAGCUCGGCGCUCCCCUCAGGUUUGGCCUUAGUUGUACCAGACUUGAAAAGGAAGUUAUUUUAGAAAGAAAGAAUACGUCUGAGAAAUAAGAUGUCUCCUGCCGGGAGUCGAUACCAAGACAAGCAAUACAGGCACCAUGAGAACCAUAGAUCCGAUAGAUACAAAGAAGACAGAAGAGCAAGAAAACCAUACCCAUACAAUGCAAGAUCAACAGAAGACAUUGGAGGUGGCCAGCACUCAAGAACUUCUACUGUUUGCUCAGACCCUUAUUCUAAAACCUCAGGAGCAGCACGGGAGUAUUUUGACCCACAACCAGAGUUUUAUCCUCCCAAGGAAACCUUCUCAAUGAAGUGUUCAAAGGUAUGCACAACAAGAGGCAUUUUGAAGUUUGUGGAAAUCACAGUUAACCUCCUGGUACUGAUUUGUGUGGGAGCUUCCCAAGCCUCUGUUGCAGGCUUCACAUCCCUUGGAGGCUUUGGAUCCUUUAACCUGAAUUCAGCCUACAGCCCCUUCGAGGGCACAGAGCUCCGGGAGGUGAGGGAGCUGGACAUGCAGAUCACCCAGAUGAGAGCCCCUUGCGUGUACGGCGGCGUAGCCUUCAGCUUAACAGCAGCAGUGCUUACCCUUGUCUUCCUCGUGGUGGGGGCAAAGCCCAUCCACCAGCUCAGGACAGGGCUGCUGGUAGGCGAGUGCGCCUUCAACCUGCUGGCUGGCGCGGCGUACGUGGUGGCCGUGGGCCUCUACCUGCAUUUUGUCAGCCAGGUGAACUCCACAGAGGUUUGCAAGAGGCGUGAGAGGCUGUACUCGCGCCGUGGCUACACCUCCAUGAACUGCGUGGUCCAGGGCGGUGACGCGGCCGUGGGCCUUUUCGGGGCCGUCGCUUCCUGCUUGUACUUCGCCAGCUUCGUGGUCUGCAUCCGUGCUGUCCGAACUGUCAGGGCCUUCCAGAGCCACGUGGCCAAGGCUCAGCACAGCCCCAAAGUCAGUGUUAAGGACAGAGGCAUCAGAAACCACCCUGCUGUUCACAGGACCACUGAAAGCUCCCACAACAUCCAGGCUCUCGCCACGUUAGUGUGAAGUUGGCUCUGGGACUGUGCCAGAGAGCUGGGGCUUCAGCCAGGGACGGACACUGGGUGUCACAUGGCAAACAGGAGACCAGCCCACAGUGUAUCUCCCUACAAGGUGCUGAAGUGUGUACAGAAUCACUAAAUGUAACUAUACAGCUAUAACAUGAUGUAA